GGCCGUUACGUCAUUGAUCGAGAUGGCAGCCUCUUUCGCCACGUCUUAAACUAUCUUCGCAACAAAUCUCUCAUUCUUCCGGAGAACUUUGCCGAGUGGGAGCAGCUUCGUCUGGAGGCGGAGUACUACGGCCUGGAGGCGAUGGCCAGUGCUCUCAAGUGCCAAGCGCCGUCAGCGAGUCCGGGGUACAUCACCGUCGGCUACCGAGGCUCCUUCGCCUUUGGCCGGGACGGCCUGGCGGACGUCAAGUUUCGCAAGUUCACCAAGAUUCUGGUCAGCGGUCGGGUGGCCAUCUGCCGGGAGGUGUUCGGCGACACGCUGAAUGAGUCGCGCGAUCCAGAUCACUGCGACGACGACAAUCGCUACACGGCGCGCUUCUUUCUCAAGCACCUCAUGCUGGAGCAGGCCUUCGACUGUCUGCAGGAGUCGGGUUUCCGCUGCGUCGGCUCUUGUGGUUCCGGUACGGCCUCCAUGCCCGCCAAUGAGCCGCAGAAGCCGGGCAUUGAGUCAGAGGAAACCCGUUGGAAUCACUACAACGAGUUUGUCUUCUGUCGUCCUUAA